AUGCCGCCUCGCGCAAAGAGAACUUCCGGACCACUUGAGGUCGGAGAUAGCGCUCCCAAGGUAAGCCGUCGAACUCUGAGCAAAGCGGGCAACAAAACUAAAUCACAUGUAAGGCGACUGCGCCUAAAGCCCCGCCCCGGGCUGCUCGCAAGACCACGGCUGCUCCGAAGCCAAAGGAACAAGAUGAAGCCCAAGCAGCCGCAGCUGAAAAAGCAGCAAAAGAAGAAGCACAACGUGAGCAAUUAUCAAAUCGAAAUGCUCAUUCCAAGAAGAAGACAACAGUGGCGGGUGAUGACAUCGAUGCAUUACUCCAACCCUUUUACUACAACAAGAACCUCACGGACCCGAUCAAUACGGCAAGAGACAAAUGGAAUCUGCUGCCAGCUUUUCUGCGCGUCAAAGGGUUGAUCAAGCAACACACAGACUCGUUCGAUUACUUUGUUGACGUCGAGCUGAAGAAGAUCGUGCAAGCCAACAGCAUAAUAAUCUCCAAGUCCGACGACAAGAAAUGGGUUCGCUUCACAGACAUCCGAGUCGGGAAGCCCUGCCGUAUUGAAGAUGCUCGAGCAGGCUGGGUCCAGACCGAAGUCACUCCCAACGAAUGUCGCCUUCGGGAUAUGACUUACGCCGCACCGAUCUACGUUGACUUUGUGUUCCCAAGACAAAGCGGCCCAGUCCGAAAGACCGACGUCAUGAUAGGUCGCUUGCCCAUGAUGCUUCGUAGCUCGAGGUGUGUCCUGAACGGCCGUUCCGAGUCGGAGAUGGCGUGGCUAAACGAAUGCGCCGUCGAUCCGGGAGGCUACUUCAUUGUGCGUGGACAGGAAAAGGUCAUUUUGGUCCAGGAACAGCUCAGCAAGAAUCGAAUCAUCGUAGAAGCCUUCAAGGGUGUGAUCCAGGCUUCCGUCACCAGUCACACCGCAAAUGUCAAGACGAAGACCUAUGUUCUUGUCAAGAAGCAAUAUCUCUACCUGAAGCACAAUUCAUUGAACGAGGACAUUCCUGUGGCCAUUGUCCUACGUGCAAUGGGCAUUCAGUCGGACCAUGAGAUCCUUUUGCUUGCCGCCGGCAACGAUGCCACCUAUCAAGACAUGUUUGCGCCCAACUUAGAGAAGGCGGCUCUGGAAGGCGUUUUCACUCAGGAACAAGCUCUCGAGUAUAUUGCUGUACGCUUGAAACCCGACAGAUUCGCCAGCAGCAAGAAAGACUUCAAGACUCCAAAACAGUUGGCGCUUGAAAAGCUUGCAGUCACGAUCAUCCCUCAUGUUGGAAUCGAGGGCAUGAAUUUCCGACCAAAGGCGCUCUACGUUGCCUUUAUGACUCGACGUGUCCUGAUGGCGUUACACGACCCGAAGCUUGUGGAUGACAGAGAUUACGUGGGUAACAAGCGACUCGAGCUUGCGGGUCAAAUGCUGGCGCUUCUGUUCGAGGACUUAUUCAAAGACUGCGUCAACAUGAUCGGAACGAACAUGGACAAGAUCUUGAAGAAACCCAAUCCGGUCGGAGAAUUCGAUCCAAUUCGGAUCGUCGAGCAGUGCGAAUCCCGCAUAACAAGUGGGAUGGAGCGCGCAAUCUCUACCGGCAACUGGACUCUGAAGCGUUUCCGUAUGGAUCGAGCCGGCGUCACUCACGUCCUCAGUCGGCUGAGCUACAUCAGCGCACUCGGUAUGAUGACGAGAAUCACCAGUCAAUUCGAGAAGACUAGAAAGGUGUCCGGUCCUCGUGCUUUGCAGCCUUCUCAAUUUGGCAUGCUCUGCACUUCAGAUACCCCUGAAGGAGAGGCCUGUGGUCUCGUGAAGAACUUGGCGCUCAUGACACACAUAACGACUGCAGACGACGAAGGCCCAGUGCGAAAGAUGAUGUAUGUUCUAGGAGCGGAAGACGUGACUUCCGGCUCUGGAACGGAGAUAUACGGUACAGGAGCCUACAUCAUCUUCGUCAACGGAACGCCUGCUGCCUUGACCCGGCAACCAAAGCAGUUCCUCAAUGGCUUCCGCAAAUUCAGACGCAUGGGACGCAUCUCCGAGUUCGUUAGCAUCUUCAUCAACCAUCAUCACAACGGUGUUCACAUUGCAACAGACGAAGGUCGUGUUUGCCGGCCGCUGAUUGUCGUCGAGAAGGGCAAGUCCAAGGUCACAACUCGCUUUCUGGAAUCUCUUCGCAAAGGAACCAUGGACUUCGAUGACGCACUCUCCCGAGGUAUCGUUGAGUAUCUCGAUGUUAACGAAGAGAACGACUCCAACAUUGCGGUCUACGAGAAAGACAUCAAUGAAUACACGACACAUCUGGAGAUUGAGCCGUUCACGAUUCUCGGAGCUGUCGCAGGUCUCAUUCCAUAUCCACACCACAACCAAUCGCCCCGUAAUACGUAAGAGAAGCCCCAAUUUUUCCUUGAACAUGGACAAAGAGUAUUGACCAAAUGAUAGUUACCAAUGUGCUAUGGGUAAGCAAGCGAUUGGCGCCAUUGCGUAUAACCAGUUCACGCGUAUCGACACUCUGCUGUACCUCAUGGUAUAUCCCCAGAAGCCGAUGGUGACAACGCGAACAAUCGAAUUGGUCAAGUACGACAAGCUACCAGCCGGUCAGAAUGCUGUGGUCGCUGUCAUGUCGUAUUCUGGAUACGAUAUCGAGGACGCGCUGGUACUGAACAAAGCAUCCUGCGACAGAGGCUUCGGAAGAUGCCAAGUCUUCAAGAAAAUCAGCAUGCCGCUCAAAGCAUACGGCAACGGAUACCAAGACCGAAUGGGAGACCGAGAUCCCAAUAAUCCCAGACACCGAAAGAUAGGUAAGGAUGGACUGGUCGAAGUAGGUUCGGAAUUGGAGAAUUCCGACAUUUACAUGCUCAAGGAGACUCCGCUCAACCAAGCUUCGGCGAUCCCACAGAGGGAUCAAAGGUGGUCUCCGAUGUCCAUGUCGUACAAGCUUCCGGAUCCUUGCUAUGCGGAUAAGGUUAUGGUCACGACAAACGAGUCCAACAGCACGAUUAUCAAAAUCCAGACGCGCCAGACAAGGCGACCGGAGAUUGGCGACAAAUUCUCCUCUCGCCACGGACAGAAAGGUGUCGUCGGCCUGCUGGCUGAACAAGCCGACAUGCCCUUCUCUGACUCGGGCGUGGUCCCCGAUAUCAUCAUGAAUCCCCAUGGUUUCCCAUCGCGUAUGACAGUCGGCAAGAUGCUCGAACUCGUCUCCGGCAAAGCAGGUGUUCUGGCUGGUAAACAAGAAUACGGCACAGCCUUUGGCGGCAGCAAAGUCGAAGACAUGGGCGCCACGCUCGUCAAGCACGGGUUCAGCUAUUCCGGAAAGGACUGUCUCACCUCUGGCAUAACGGGCGAGAGUCUUCCGAUGUACGUCUUUUUCGGACCCAUCUACUACCAAAAGCUCAAGCACAUGGUGCAAGACAAGAUGCACUCUCGAUCCACCGGACCGCGCGCGAUCCUGACUCGACAGCCGACCGAAGGUCGUUCAAGACAGGGUGGUCUGCGUCUCGGAGAGAUGGAACGUGAUUGUCUGAUCGCGUAUGGCGCCAGUCAAUUGCUGCUGGAGCGUCUGAUGAUAUCUUCCGACGCGCACGAGGUCGACGUGUGCCAGGUCUGCGGGAUGAUGGGCUACAACAGCUGGUGCCAGAGCUGCUCGAGCAGUCGGAGCGUCGUGCGAAUGACGAUGCCCUAUGCGGCCAAGUUGCUGAUUCAGGAGCUGAUGAGCAUGAAUGUGAAGGCGAGCUUGCAGCUUGCCGAUGAGUUUCCCAGGGAGGGAUGA